AUAACAUGGAAAUCUCAUCUUUAUUUCCUCAGAAUCGUCUAGCUUUUGCAAACUCCAGCCAAACAACUUUCUGACAAUCCUCCCCGUCAUUCUUUAUCUGUAACCAUGGAGACGGUGGUGAUCGUGGCCAUAGGUGUACUCUCCACCAUCUUCUUGGCAUCAUUUGUGGCGCUGGUUGUUGUGUGCCGUCAUCGUUACUGCCACCUUCCAGACUUCCUGCACCACUUCGAUUCCAAACCUACAGUGGACCUGAUGGGAGCGAUGGAGACUCAGAGUGAACCAUCAGAGCUGGAGCUGGAUGAUGUGGUCAUCACUAAUCCUCACAUUGAGGCCAUGCUGGAGAACGAAGACUGGAUCGAAGAUGCCUCCGGUCUUGUGUCCCACUGCAUUGCGAUUCUGAAGGGUGGAUGACGUGGUUCGAUCUAUGUACCCUCCACUGUACCCCAUUCUUCUGGAUGCCAGGUAACUUCUUAUGCUGGCAGGGACUACUGCAUGUUUACGUUUCUGCAAGGAAGUGCAUUGACUUGACCAACUCAUUUUUUGGACCAGGGCGACAGCAUUACUAUUGUCGGUCAGUCACUUGGUACUGGUGACACGAAACGCCUGUCACAUGUCUGGCAGCCUGGACUGGAUCGACCAAUCACUGCAUGCCGCCGAGGAUCACAUGAUCGUGUUGAGAGAGGCGGCUUUAGAAUCUGAACCAGAGAGAGGUUUGCCGGAGAGAGAGCAGUCAAUCUGAGUCACUCCCAGACAUACUGUGUGUACAGUACACACAUUAUUAUAAGAACAUAUGCAUGAAUGCACCUGUAAAGAAUAUGAUAUUUAGUGAACGAUACCUCAGCACAUCCAUGAUAUGACAGAGAAAGGCAUCUUAACUUAGCCGUACUUUCAAACUCACUCUUUCACUGUAUCUCAUUUUUAUGUCUGUUACAAGUUUAAUCACUAGUCAUACUGUCUGAUAUUUCCUCAUGCUGGAUUUAUAUGUAGAUGUUGAUGACAAAAAGAGACAAUCGAACAAAAAAAAAAUGGUUUCGCUAAAUAAUGUAUAAACCAAACAAGGUCUGUAUUUUCUUCCCUGUCUCUUAUAUUUGAGACAACAUAGUAUAUUGUUUUAAUAAUAUAAAAUGUUUCAGAUGCAGAAAUUAUGGGUUAUUUC